GAGGGAGGGUGGUAGAGGGGGCACCAGAUGCUGCUAUCUCAUCAGUUAUCACCACCACCAACUCUCCCUCUCUGUGUCAGCUAAUCUCAACCUAAGCUAAGCUAAGCUAAGCUAAGGCACAGUGACUGUCUGCAUAUGUGUGUGUGAGUGAUGAACUAACUGAUUCUUUCUUAAAUCCAUCCAUCGUCACCAACAAACCUACCUGCAACUGCCACUGCAACUACUCAAAUCAAUCAGCCAUGAAAAACCCUAACCCUUACUGCUCAACAGCAGCUCCAGGAUGGUUCAACUUCAUCCCUCUCCCUUCUUCUAAUUCCCCAAACCCUCCUCCCAACCAAGCCCUUCCUCUCCUCACCCAAUCCGAUCCCACCUCAUGCACCCCCAAAUCUAUUACUUCAGAUAAUAAUUACCACUGCAACGACGACGACGACGACGAGAAUUCCAAGGGGAUGGUGGUGAGGAGGAGGAGGAGGAGGGAUAUUGACCAGAAUAUUAAUGAAUAUAGCAAUAUUAAUGACGACGACGACGACAAUGUCACUGUAGCGCUCCAAAUAGGGCUCCCCAGCCCUAAUUCUGACCUCCCCCCUUCCUCCUCCUCCUCCUAUUCAAUUGGGGGAGACGAGAGGUCCCCCGCCAUGGAUAAAGAUGGAGUGGACAUCCUCUCUGGUCUGCCCCUGAACAGGUUCAACAUGGGUCAGUAUUGGAUCCCUACCCCCCCUCAAAUCCUCAUUGGUCCUACUCAAUUUUCAUGCCAUCUUUGCUCCAAGACUUUCAACAGAUACAACAACCUCCAGAUGCACAUGUGGGGGCACGGGUCGCAGUACCGGAAAGGGCCGGAAUCCCUUCGGGGGACGCAGCCGACGGCGAUGCUCCGGCUGCCGUGCUACUGCUGCGCGGCGGGGUGCAAGCACAACAUCGAGCACCCCCGGGCGAAGCCGCUCAAGGACUUCCGUACGCUCCAGACUCACUACAAGCGCAAGCAUGGCGCCAAGCCCUUCGCCUGCCGGAAAUGCGCCAAGCCCUUCGCCGUCAAGGGUGACUGGCGGACCCACGAGAAGAACUGUGGCAAGAUCUGGUACUGUCUCUGCGGCUCCGACUUCAAGCACAAGCGCUCCCUCAAGGACCACGUCAGGGCCUUCGGACACGGCCAUGCCCAGCGCCCCUACGACGGCCUUCUCCGGCACCAGCAGCAGCAGCAGACUGUUCUCUCCUUCGGGAACAAAGACGACGACGAAGAAGAAGAAGAAGAAUUGGAUGAGGAAGACGACGAUGAGUCCACCAAUAACUCCGACGUCGACCAGGGUGGGGAAGACGACGCUCAGCAUCAUCAUCACUAGAUAUAUAUGUAUAUCUUCUCCGAUCGAUCGUACGUGGAUAUCGAUUUGUUUAAUUGGAUCUGUGGUUUGAGUUUGA